AUGUCGACCAGGGCCAUCGUCUCGUACGCUAUUGAUUAUUUGAUUAUCGUAAUCCUCGCCAUCAUCUAUGCUGCCCUCGAUAAACUCAUCACUCCUUUCUCUCAGCACUUCUCCCUCGCCAACAUCUCCAUCCAAUACCCUUACGCCGUCCAUGAGAGAAUCCCCAUUUACCUCGCCCUUGUGAUCUCUGGCGGAUUCCCCGCGGUCGUCAUCGCCGUCUACACGCUUUUUAUCGACGGGUUCUUUUCCCACCGCCGCCGAACCGCCGCGACUCGGUCCCCAUAUUCCUUGUGGGAUCGGCUAUGGGAACUCAACUGUGGCUGGCUAGGCCUGUUGCUCGCUCAGGGAGCCGCGUUUGUCAUCACUGGUUCUCUGAAGAAUCUCUGCGGCAAGCCUCGUCCCGAUCUCAUUGACCGAUGUCAACCUCGACCCGGUGCGGCGGACGGGGUCCCUUAUGGCCUUGCCACCAAGGCAAUUUGCACUCAAGAGGACGAGGCUAUCAUGCAAGAUGGCUUCCGGUCUUUCCCGUCGGGCCACUCUUCCUCCUCUUUUGCCGGUCUCUUCUUCCUCUCCCUCUACCUUGCCGCUAAACUUCACGUCCUCGAUCAAAAAGGGGAGGUCUGGCGCACCUUCGUCGUCCUCAUCCCCACUCUCGCCGCCGCAUGCGUCGCCAUGUCCCGCAUCAUGGACGCCCGUCACCAUCCAUUCGAUGUUCUGUUCGGCUCCGCCCUGGGCAUUCUCUGUGCCUGGGGGGCAUAUCGCCAGUAUUUCCCUCCCAUCAGCCAUGUCUGGGAGAAAGGUCGUGCCUACCCGAUGAGAGCAUGGGGUUCGCCCAUCAAACGACCGAUUCCAGGCAAAGUCAUGGUCGACAGCCAGACGCUCGAGGUCCUAGUUGACCGAGUCUCGGCCGACGAUGAGGAGGAGGGAGUCUCCGGAUACGAAAUGGAUUUCCCCUCUCAUCGCCGAGGUUUUCACUCGCGUCUUAACAAGCAAGAUUUGACGUCACAUUCUCCGAACCCGUCUCUGGAUAUGGAUGUCGAAACUGGUUAUGCUACCGGUGGUGUGACAAGACAGCCCUAUUCACCUCCAGGUCCACUACCAGUGCCCACCCCAGUGAGGCCGCAGGGUACAGGGAAUGCCUUUCGGGAUCAGAUAGAGCACAAUCGUCGCAUGAGAGCUGGUCACACAGGAAUGAAUCCGCAUCAGGACCAAGGUGAGCAUGCUGCCAGUGAAGACGAGGACGAUAUUGCGUUGAGGAAGCCUUUGCAUUCGGGAAGGUUGGAGGCUUGA